UCCCGCCUUCAAGAUUCUGUGACGUGUUUGAUACGGUCGGGAGAUUGUGAGUCGUUCGUCAUGUCAAGAAAAUUAUUAUAGUUACCCUUUCUGGUUGACAUCAGUUUGAUAUUUGUUUUACAAGAUUCUUGUAAACACUCAAGUGUCCAGUAUAAGACGCACAGGAGGAAUUUUCAUCAUGGCUUCAAAAUUUCCUGUUGUACCAGGCAUGCCGAUGCUGGAUUUUUCUGCCUUGGACAAGCAGAGUGAUAAUAUUGAUGAAUUCUUCACUACAGCACAGCUUUCCAAAAUGUCGCAAUAUGAGAUACUGCGAUUUAAGAACAUGAGAAAAAAUUACGAAAUGAUGGCAUCUCUAGGGUUACCUGCCAUCAAACCAGAUUUCAUGAAAAGUCGUAGAGGAGGUGCAAAGAAGAAGAGAAAGGAGUGUUCUGAUGAUAGUGAUGAAGAAUGGACACCUGCAUCCGAAAGGAGGAAGAGCCAAAGGGACAGGAUACCAGUCACCCAAUUCAGCUUCCCUCUCAAACAAGGAGUGGAUGCAGUAAAGAAAACUCCAAAACUGAAGAAAAUAGAAAAGGUGCCAAACAUAAAACCAGAAAAACAUGAAAUUAAAAAGAAUACAGACAGCAAGAUGCCUAUCCACACAUACCCUUUGAGACCAGCUUCUUCGGCUGUUAGUUAUAUGAAGAUUGAGGUCCCAGAUGAUGAUGAAUUUCUUUAUUGUGAGGAGUGUAACAAGGAGUAUGAAGGAGAUUGCCCUGUGCACGGACCACUAGUCAUAGUUGAGGACACUGAGAUCAAACCAAAGGAUAAAGAACGGUCCCUCUAUACCUUGCCACCUGGCCUAUGUGUACGAAAAUCAUCUAUACAAAAUGCUGGCCUGGGUAUCUGGUCUGAUUAUAAGAUUUCACCCAGGACAAGAUUUGGUCCCUACAAGGGGGAGAAAACUCAAGAUUUAGACAAAGCACACUCCACUGGAUAUGCCUGGCAGAUUUAUGAGAAUGGCAAACCAAGCUUUUUCAUCGAUGCCUUUGAUAAAAACCAAGCUAAUUGGAUGAGAUACGUAAAUUGUGCGAGGAAUGAAGAUGAGCAGAACAUGACAGCCUACCAACACAGGGGCCAAAUAUACUACAGGACACACAAGGUUAUCAACCCAGAUACUGAGCUGCUUGUGUGGUACGGAGAGGACUACAGCGAGGAGCUUGGCAUCAGAAGAUGGGAGGACUCGACUGAACUGAAACCAUUCACUGUCAAUGGAACCAAAAUGUUUAGGUGUCCGUUUUGUGGGAGUUGUUUCAGCUCUGAAGUUGGCAUACUUGGACACAGCAAAAGCAAGCAUGGAGUCUCUCAGUUCACUAUUGACCUAGCAAGGAAAAUGUUGGAGAAAGUGAAGAGAGAUAAUAAUAGGAAGGAAUUGAAAUUGCAUACAAAACAAAACUUGCUGUUUAAGAAUGAAUGUCAAAAAAGGAUAAAAAAUGGACAUUACAAAUUGAAAAUGAAGGAAAAUGUCAAUAGGGAUGGAAGACUGAGUAACUACACAAAUGAUCAAAGGAAUAUCUCCAGCAAGGGAACAGAACGUUUAUACAAAUGUGAUGUCUGUGGUAAGGGGUUUAGUUGGGCGCCUAACCUACAGAGACACCUCAGGACACAUACAGGAGAGAAGCCCUACACAUGUGAUGUCUGUGGUAAGGGGUUUAGUGACACAGGUAACCUACAGAAACACCUCAGGACACAUACAGGAGAGAAGCCCUACAAAUGUGAUGUCUGUGGUAAGGGGUGUAGUCAGGCACAUAGCCUACAGUCACACCUCAGGACACAUACAGGAGAGAAGCCCUACAAAUGUGAUGUCUGUGGUAAAGGGUUUAGUCGGGCACAUCACCUACAUAAACACCUCAGGACACAUACAGGAGAGAAGCCCUACAAAUGUGAUAUCUGUGGUAAGGGGUGUAGUCAGGCCCAUAGCCUACAGUCACACCUCAGGACACAGACAGGAGAGAAGCUCUACAAAUGUGAUGUCUAUGAGGAAUAA